AUGGCCGACUUCACCACUAUCGCUCAGCAGUUCGUGCAGUUCUACUACCAGACGUUCGACUCGGACCGCCAGACCCUCGCCGGCCUCUACCGCGACCAGUCUAUGCUCACAUUCGAGACCUCCUCCACUCAGGGUGUCGCCAACAUUCUUGAGAAGUUGACUUCUCUUCCCUUCCAGAAGGUCCAGCACCAGAUCGCCACCUUCGACGCUCAGCCUUCGAACGAGCAGGGCGGCAUCCUGGUCAUGGUUACCGGUGCUCUCUUGGUCGACGAGGAGCAGAAGCCCAUGAACUACUCCCAGACGUUCCAGCUCCUCCCCGACGGCCAGGGCAGCUACUUUGUCCUGAACGACGUCUUCCGUCUCGUCUACUCCGCGUAA